AUGGCCACAAGCGCCAACGUUCCAGGGCUGCCAGGCACCGGCGGGUCCCCGGUGACAACGGCCGCGCUGUCCCCGCUCCGCCGCGCUCCGGUGGCCGCUCCGCUCUCGGCGUUCCCGGUGUCCGGGGCUCUGCCUCGUCCCUUGCCCGGCCAUGCCGACCUCAGGCACCACAGGAGGACCAGGAUCAGUGGAUGGGGAGCCCGGAGCAGCCCGAUGCCCCAGCCCCAGGUGCCUGCUGGGGGGCAGAGGCCUCCCCAGGAGGGCUCCGUGGCCGUGGUGCUGCGUGUGAGACCCCCCAACCCCCGGGAGCGAGCUGCGCCCUCCGUCCUGCACGUCCUGAGCCAGCGCGCCGUGCUCUUCACCUCCGAGGAACCCGGUGGCACCGGCCCCGGCACCGGCCCCGGCCCCGGCCCCGGCCGCCGCCGCAGGAGCCUCGAGUUCGAGUUCGACCACGUUUUUGGCGAGAGGGCCACGCAGGAGGAGGUGUUCGAGCACACCACGCUGCCUCUGCUGGACACGCUCCUCGCUGGCUACAACUGCUCCGUGUUUGCCUACGGAGCCUCAGGGGUUGGGAAGACCCACACCAUGGUGGGCACCAAGAGGACUCCUGGCAUUGUGCACCUGGCCACGGUGGAGCUCUACAAGAGGCUCGAGGCCAUGAAGGACAGGAGCUCGGAGGUCCUGGUCUCCUACCAGCAGGUGUACAAGGAACGUGUCUAUGACCUGCUGAAGCCCCAGGGCCCUCUGAACGUCUGGGAGCAGCCUGGGAAAGGAGUCGUGGCACAGGGCCUCUCCUUGCACCAGCCCACAACUCCAGAGCAGCUCCUGGCCUUGUUGGCCAAAGGCAACAAAAACCGGGCCCAGCGCUCCACCAAGGCCAACGCCGCCUCCUCCCGCUCCCACGCCAUCUUCCAGAUCCAGGUGAAGCACUGGGACAUCACCGGUGGCCCCGCCAGGGACCCGCGUGUGGCCAAGCUGAGCUUCAUCGACCUGGCGGGCUCGGAGCGAGCCUGGGACACGCCGGGCCGGGGAGAGGGGAUGUGGGAGGGCACCAGCAUCAACCGCUCCCUGCUGGCCUUCAAAAGCGUGGUCCGUGCUCUGGCCGGAGCCAAGGGCGGGCAGAGCCACGUGCCGUUCCGGGACAGCAAACUGACACUGCUGCUGAAGGAUUCGCUGGUGGGCAGCUUCCGCAGCACCGUGAUCGCCGCCGUGAGCCCCGCGGCGGCCGCCGGCCCCGACACCUACAGCACGCUGCGCUUCGCCAGCCGCGCCCGGCACAUCAUGCUGCCGCUCCCAGGGCUGGAGGAGCUCACAGGGCUGAAGGAACUUACCAGGAUGGAGGAGCCCACAGGGCUGGAAGAGUCCAUAAGGCUGGGGGAGACCACAAGGCUGGAGGAGCCCAAAGAUCUGGAGGCGUCCAAAGAUCUGGAGGAGUCCCCAGGGCUGGAGGAGUCCUCAGGGAUGGAGGAGCCCAAAUAUCUGGAGGAGUCCCCAGGGCUGCAGGAGCCCAGAGAUCUGGAGGAGUCCUCAGGGCUGGAGGAGUCCUCAGGGCUGGAGGAGCCCGAAGAUCUGGAGGAGUCCUCAGGGCUGGAGGAGCCCGAAGAUCUGGAGGAAUCCCCAGGUCUGGAGGAGCCCAAAUAUCUGGAGGAGUCCCCAGGGCUGGAGGAAGCUGCACUUCCCUGUUGCCUUGAAGAGCUCAGCGAGGCUGCCCCAGCCCCAGGAAUGCAGCUGAGCUCUGCAGCCGAGGCUCCUGUGACCAUGCCAGACUCCCCUGUGCCCAUCACGGCCCCGCUGUGCUGCCAGGAGCUCUCCCCGUGCUCCAGCCCCAUCUCUGUGUGGCCGGUGAUGAGGAUGCUCGAGUCGAGCAGCGAUUCCCAACCAGAAACCUCCCGUGGCUCCCGAACACGGAGGAAGCGCCAGCGGGGCUGGAAGGCAGCAAGCACUCCUGGGGCAGGGCAGAGCUCCCCCGUGCCCCUGGCGCCCCGCAGUGCCAGCAGUGCCAGCUGCCAGCCCUCCCCUCGGCCGGGCACCCAGAGCCCUGGCACCGCGGCACCAGCACGGACCCCCAGCCCCCUGCCCGGGCCGGCUCCAGAGCUGCUUCCCCCGAGCCCUGAGCAGCAGCAGCAGCAGCCAGAGCUCCGGGAAGCCCCCCCGAGCCCCCUCCCCAGCACCCCUCCCAGCGCCCAAACCCCAAAGGCCUCCAGCUCCUCCGGCAGCUCCUCGAGCUCCUGCCCCAUACCGCCCUUCUGGCCGUGGUUCCAGCCCAGUGCCCACCUCUGUGCCCCCGCUGUUGGCACAGUGCUGUAUGUGUGUUUGCAGGUUAUGAGUGGGUUUAGGAAAUAG